CCUAUAUCAUAUUCUCAUGUGUCACGUUCUCCAAGGAAGCCAUUAGCUUACCCAACCAUUUUUCUCUUCUUAUCGUCUCUCAUUAAACAGAAACUCGUCGAAGCAGAUCUAUUUUCGACGAUCUCGCUGGUUUCCGUACCUGUACCCUCCACUCACCUCAGCACCCGGGUCAGCUCUCAUCCGUCCAUCAUUAUGUCCUCCGGUCGCGUAACCCGCUCUCAAACGGGCAAAACCCCACGAAAAUCCAUCCCCCCGGACUUCGUCGAAACCCCCGGCACGCGCCGCCGCACCCGCCAAUCCACAACCCCCUCCCCCCUCCCCCCCAAACCCGCCUCCACCAAACCCUCGACCAUCCCCAACGGCGCACUCCGCAAACCUACCACCCGCGCCCCCGCCGCCGAAGCCAUCGACCCCGCGCAAGGCGGCUAUGAAUUCGGCGGCCCCCUCGGGGUCAGCGCGAUCAUGCUCGGCUACCCGCUGCUGAUGUACUACAUGUACGUCGGGGCAUACGCAUAUGGCGGAGGGGUACCGCGGCCGGCGGCGGGGGAGGGGUGGGGUGCGUUCGCGGGGCGGAUCGGGGCGCUGGCGUACGAGCAUGCGUAUCCGAGCGUGGAUGCGUGGGUGAUGUAUUGGACGUUUUUGGUGUUUGAGGGGGUGUGUUAUCUGUGGAUGCCGGGGGUGUGGGCGAAGGGGAAGCCGUUGGAGCAUGAGGGGGGAAGGCAGCUGCCGUAUUAUUGUAGUGGGGUGGCGAGUUUCUAUGUGACAGUGGUGGCGGCGCUUGCGUUGCAUUUCACCGGACUGUUCAGGUUGCCGACACUGAUUGAGAAUUUCGGGCCGAUCAUGAGUGUCGCGAUCUUGUCGGGGUGCAUCGUUUCGGUCAUUGCGUAUGUGUCGACGUUCGUAAGGGGGAAGACGCAUCGGAUGACGGGGAAUCAUAUCUAUGAUUUCUUCAUGGGGGCGGAGUUAAAUCCGCGCAUGUUCGGAUUGUUGGAUUUCAAGAUGUUCUUGGAGGUACGGUUGCCGUGGUAUAUGCUGUUCCUCACUUCUACCGCGCUGUGCUUGAAGCAGUAUGAAGAGUAUGGAUACGUCUCCGGCGAGGCGGGGUUCUUGCUCAUGGCGCAUUUGAUAUAUGCGAAUGCGUGCGCCAAAGGGGAGGAACUCAUCAUCACGACCUGGGACAUGUACUUCGAAAAAUGGGGCUUCAUGCUCAUCUUCUGGAACAUGGCCGGCGUCCCCCUAUCCUACUGCCACGCCGACCUCUACCUCGCCUACCACCACCCCUCCGAAUAUCUCUCCCACCGGCUCUUCCCCGACCCCACCGUCCGCACCGCCGCCUUCCUCCUCCUCGCCGCCGUCUACGUCUUUGUCUACUGGGUUUGGGACACCACCAACAGCCAGAAGAACAUGUUCCGCUCCCGCGAACGCGGCACCCAGGUCGAGCGGAAAUCGUUCCCCCAGCUCCCCUGGAAAGAGGUCAAAAACCCGCGCGUCAUCGAGACGGGGCAAGGCGAUCGAAUCCUUGCCGACGGCUGGUACGGCCUCGCUCGUAAAAUCCAUUACUCCUGCGACUUGUUCUUCGCGCUCACGUGGGCACUGGUUACGGGCUUUUCGUCGCCAUUCCCGUGGUUCUAUCCGGUGUUCUUCGCGUGCAUGAUCGCGCAUCGCGCGCAUCGGGACAUCGUGAAGUGUCGGCUGAAGUACGGGGAGGCGUGGACGGAGUACGAGAAGCUGGUGCCGGCACUGUUCAUUCCAUAUGUUAUUUGA